AUGAGAACAUAUCAGCUGCUUACCGCAGUUGCCGUGGUGACGCACUAUGAGAUAAUCGAUUCCGUCACCAAAACGAGAGAUUUCUUCUAUGGUCGUGAACGGGACCAGAUUGAAAAUGGCUCCAGAGUUUCCACUUCUGGUCACAACUUUUUCGUUUUAAAGGAAACAUUGACGAAGGAACUUGGAUCGCCCGAAGAACAGCCGGACGCUGUAACUCAAGACAAGAAUGUCGUGGUCAGAGAAGGCGGUUGUCGGUCGGUUGUCGGGAGACUCAGAGGAAAUCAGUUUCUUUCACUCGAUAAAGGCUGCCAGGAGAGGAAUGCUGUCCACGAUAUUUGUCAUGCGCUUGGACUUCUCAACACGAUAAACCGAUUUGAUCGCGACAGUUAUAUUCAAAUCGUCGCGCGCAAUAUGAAAUCGUCUUUCCUCCGCGAUUUCACAAAAGUGCAUCCGACAUACGCCGAGGUGUAUCUACUCACUUACGACUACGGCAGUGUCCUGCGUUACAACGAGCAAGCGUACAUCUACGGCUCUUGA